AUGUUGAAACAUUUUAGCAAUCGUGAUUUAGCUAUUGUGGCUAUCUGUUUAGAUGAAGAAGAUCGACUUAAUGCGAAGUCUUCGAUGAAGAGUAGUGGAAAACGUAAAUAUUGGGUUCAUGAUGCGUGGAAAACACGAGACAAAGAAGGAGAGUUUGCCACACUUUUACCUCACCUGUUGGACGACGAAACAAAAUUUUAUCAUUAUUUUAGAAUGCCGAUGGAUACAUUCAAUCGGUUGGAACUUAAACUCCAAGAAAGAUUAGCCAUGCAAGACACGUAUUUUAGAAAAACUAUCACUCCUAGACACCGUUUGGCUACAUUUUUAAGGUUUCUUGCUACUGGAGAUUCUUUCAAGACCAUCUCAUUCACUUACAGAAUGGGAAGAAGUACAGUUGGUUCCAUUGUUCAUCGUACAAGCAGAGUUGUAAUUGAAGUACUUUUAAACGAAGUAAUGCCAGCUCCGACAGAGGACAGAAUUAACGAAGACUACAAAGUGCCAGAAGUAAGUGACAAUACUGACACAAUUCCAGUGGAGAAAUCUCGUCUUCAGGAUUUUCCUCGUCGCCGAGGAGGGGAAAAUCGUGAAGCAUUCAAUGUAAGAGAGCAGUUUAAGCAAUUCUUCAACUCUGAAGAGGGUAGUGUGGAGUGGCAAGAACGCCGGGCUUUCAUAGGUUAA